CACCAGGUGUGAAUCCGUUGCGUUUUGAUUGUACGAAAGUAGAGUUCAUACCUGAUCCAGCACUCUCACGUUCCUUAUCCGCCAAGAGAAGCAGUUUGUGUGCUGUACCAAGGUACAUAAUUAAUGAAGCGAGGAAUAUCACUCCGGCUGUGAGACAUAUUUCCGCACGAAUACUUCUAGGCAGCUGUCCCGGAAUCAUCACCAUGCUCAACGAGACAAACGGCCAUAUCGAUGGCACUUCCAUCGACAACAAGACUAGUACCAUUACUCCACCACCUGGCCCCCUUAAAGACGACAUUCCGCCGGCGCUCCUGCACCGCUCCCUCCGCCAGGCUCCCUACCUCAUCACAUCCGCCCGGGGGAUCCACCUGACCCUUUCAUCUGGGCGGACCGUGAUGGACGCGUGCGGCGGGGCGGCGGUGGCAUGCCUGGGCCACGGCAACGAGGAAGUCCUGCAGGCCGUGACGGCGCAGAUGUCCAGCGGCGUGAGCUACCUGCACUCGCUGACCUACACGACCGACGCGGCCGAGCAAUUGGCGCACCAUCUGAUCUCCGGACCGCAUGGCGCGGCUCGCUUCGGCCUCGAGCGCGCGUACUUUGUCAAUUCGGGCAGCGAGGCCAUGGACGCGACGCUCAAGCUUGCGAGGCAGUACUUUUUCGAACUCGACGGUGCGGGAGCCCAGACGACUCGUGCGAGGUUCGUGUCGCGGAAGCAGAGCUACCACGGCAACACGGUGGGCGCGAUGAACGUCAGCAGCAAUUUGCCCAGGAAGGUACCGUACGCGAAUUUCCAGCUCGGGAACGUGAGUUGGGUCAGUCCGGCGUAUGCGUAUCAGUACUCGCGCUGGCAAGAGGGCGAGACGGAGGACGAGUUUGCGAAAAGGUUGGUCGACGAGUUGGAUGCGCACUUUCUCGACCUCGGGCCGGAGACGGUCAUCGCAUUCCUUGCGGAGCCGUUGGUGGGCGCAACGAGUGGCUGUACGCCGGCGCCCAGGGGCUACUUCAAGGGCGUGCGCGAAGUGUGCGACAAAUACGGGAUUCUGCUGGUCUUGGACGAGGUCAUGUGCGGAAUGGGCAGGACGGGCACACAGUUUGCAUUCGAGCAGGAGGGGAUAGUGCCUGAUAUCAUGACUAUGGGCAAGGGUUUAGGAGGAGGUUAUGCGCCCGUUGCCGGUGUGCUGGUACAUCGGAAAGUGAUUGACGUGCUGAGGCGGGGGACGAGUAGUUUCAACCAUGGCCAAACUUAUCAGGCGCAUCCCGUUGGGUGUGCGGCGACGUUGGCGGUGCAAAAGAUCAUCAGGAGGGAUGGCCUGAUUGAAAAUUGUGCGAGGAUGGGGAAAUUCUUGUAUCCUCUGCUCGUGGAGACGUUUGGCCAGGCCAAGUAUGUCGGCGACAUAAGAGGACGAGGGCUCUUCUGGGGGAUCGAAUUCGUCAAGGACAAGGCUACGAGGAUGUCCUUUCCGCCUCCCGUCCAGUUUGGGCCUCGAUUUCAACAAACGGCCUUUGAAUUGGGUGUGGCUAUUUAUCCCGGCGCUGGGACGGUCGACGGGACGAAGGGAGAUCAUGCCAUUCUGUCACCACCGUAUAAUGUGACAGAGGAUGAAGUGAAGAAGAUUGUCGGCGUGAUGAAACAAGCGUAUGACAAGCUAGAGAAGGAGGUGGAUGAGGCCGCCGACGAUACUAAUGGUAAAUAGAAUGACCACAUUGAACACCAAGACUCACAAUGAAGCCAUUGGACAAUUAGUUAUUAGUCUUUCAAUCAUAGCCACGUACUCUCUGAUAACAGAG